AACGGGAGAAGCCUCAAUGGUUCAGCGCCUGGUGUGCCAAAAAUAGCUCACCCCAGCCACACUUGAUCGCACUCACGUAAGUACUCAGCCCUUUCGCGCUGCAGUAGCACCUUGUCCGACCAAUGGCUGUUCGUGCAGCAGAUGUGCAUACCUCUGAUGCCAUGUCAACCCAUCUCAAAAACCUGCCGGUCGCUGCUGUACAGCGGGCCAGCCAACGAAGACGAAUGCAUUCCUGCAAACGGGGGGCGCCUGAACUGUCAACUCUUGCAUGGUUCUACAGCGCAGUGUUCCCUCAACGUGGUCAAUGGCCAGCCCGGGCCCCGUCAAUCGCCCACCACCACCUUAUACGUCGACAUAUAAAAAACCCGUUCCCCUCCCUGGGAUCCCCGCAGUGCGAAAAAAAAAUAUUCCCGGAUUUCUCAAACAGUCAAACUCCCCGCAGCCACACUAACCAUCGCACCGCCAAUGUCGUCCGCCAUACCCCGCUCGUGUCCGCCCCUGCGACCCGCCCGCUACUCCGCCCCGCCCGCGCCAGUAUCACGUGCGUCCGAAAGCAAACUAUCGCCGACCUUCAGCCAGCUCGGGCGCUCGAACGCCACCACGCGCCGCAGCGUCUCGAAUCCCGGCCGCCGCCCGUCGAAGCGCCGACAGCUGCCGCUCGAUACGAGUUCCGAGAAGACGUACGCGUGCAUGGCGGACGAGCUCGCGGCGCUGGUGCAGGCGGCGAUCGACGACAUCGCGAUCGAUCGCACGGAGGGAUCGGGCGAGGAGGUGCUGGUGGUGGCCGAGAGGAGCAGGAGGAGCAGGAGUACUACAGCCUACAUGACUCUCCGUUCUCGGCCGAGCUCGCACCGGAACCACUAGCACCCACGCCCUCGACCACUCGAUCGUCGCCGGUCGCGACGCCCGGCCAGAUGAAAGGGGACGAUUACUUCCGCGUCGUGGUGGCGUCGUCAUCGUCGUUAUCAGCUGUAGAUGCCGAUGCGGCCGGGUUCGCGGAUGCGCUGGAUGAGGCCAUGCACGACCUCUUGGAGGGCUUUCGGGUGAAACGCGGUCCCACGGGCGCGGGCGCUGUAAAUGAUUGGUAAAACGGACAAGAAAUGUUGUACAACAGCGCAGGCCGGGGGCGAUCCUUAGCGUCGUGAAUGUACCGCUCUUGGUUACGUGUUUCCUCGAUGCAAGCUGCCGGGCCUCCCCGAAGCGAGUUGCAAGGUCAUGGGCACGCACUCGAGCC